AUGAAACACAUGUUUUCAAAAAUUAAGCGGCCUUCGCCUCUGAACCCUGUCGUGGACGACGGCAAUGCUAGUAGUAUUGGAAGCGAUUUUGACAGUAACAAUAGCUCGCCCACUUAUGCCAGUCCACCGCAGGGCAGCGGGGGCAAAUUCCUUGUUAGAUCGCGCCGAACUUCUUUCAUUGAUGCAAACGCGAUACCUGAUAUGUCUCGCCUAACUAUCGGGACUCCUUCUAACAAAAUUAUUAGACAGAAUCAGUUUGAAAAUUCUGCAGGAACAACACAAGGUGGAUCACCUUUUUACCGAGAAAAAAACGAGUCGACAGCUAGAAAUCGCAGACAUAUGCAUACAUUAUCGCUUGACCUCGAUCACAUACAAUUCGGACCUUUGGAUAAGGAAGAAGAUAGACUGUCGGCUUCAUCACUCGUUGAUACAUCAAUACAACCGCCGCCAAUAGAAACCAUACUGCCUGCUUCCGAUAUAUCCCAGCAAAGUCUAUUACUACAUAAUAUCGCAGCAAUAAAGAACAAUUUGGAGAGCAGGAAGAAAUUAUUGCUCAAUAUUAUCAACGCCUUAACUGGUUAUGUAGAGCGCGGGUUGCAAUACGUAGAAGAUGAAGAAGACGUUAACGACAGUGACGAUGAUAAUUCUGAAGAUGACGUUGAUUUUGAAUCGGAUGAAAUGAUUUUUACUAAUUAUAACGAGACUCCUGCUACCGAAACUCCACAAAAACCCAUUAAUUUGGACUACGCAACACCCCAACCUGGAUCGAACAAACAAAGGAAUGCGAACAAAGGACACCGGAUCAUGACCGUUGCGAACAAGCCGGUGGACAAUUCCGGUGAACGUGUUUCCUCUUUGUCCCCGGCAGACGUAAGCGGUUGUCGUUCAGCUUCUGGAUUACCCGAAGUUUUGUCGGGUGAUAGAAAUUCCAACGCCAACACUCCAAUUACACAACAAAAUGAUAGAAAUCAUAACAGUCGCCUCGCUUUGAUAUCGGAAGAUUCUUAUCGAGCCACGCCUUUCAUUGAAGCCCUGCAAGAGCUCAUCGCUGCGGCUCAAUCCAUUUUGGAUACCUCGCUCUCUGAUUUAUUGACCAAUCCGGCACAUUGUGAAGAUAUCGUUAGCAAAGUACAGCAGCAAGGCCAACGUUGGAAUGAUAAUCCCGACUGGCCGUGUCGACGCUACUAUGUAGCCCUAUUGCUAGCUCUUGCAGACCUGACGCGAUUGGUUCGCUUAUGGGAAGCCGAAAAAGGAUUUUGGAAUCUCAGAGACGAAGAAGAAAUUGGCAAUGAUACUUUACGUAGCAUUAAGUUUGUAUUCCACAUGGGAACCGAUCAGGCCGAGGACAAUGUAAAGGAAGACACUAUGGAAGACGUUAAUACAGCUGAAGAUGUAGAGGAAACACUCAGAGAGGAUGAAGAUCUUCAAGAGGCCGCUAAACAGGGGCAGAGUAUGAACGUUAUUAUGGAAUUAAGUUUAUCUGAUUGUAGAAUUAUGUAUCUCAGUCCUUCAUGGAGUUCGGUGGUGGGUUCAGAUCCUCGGCAGGUUUUAGAGCAACCUAUUGCACAAUUUCUAGCUCCCGAUGAUGCUGAUGUGUUUGCAAAGGCAACGGAACAGCUUUUACAAGACUUUUCGAGUUCGCUUGAAGUAAAAUUUCGAUUAAAGCCAUCGGAUUUCGAUUCUUACUUUUCAGAUACCGAAGAAGAUGAUGACGAAUUUUCUUAUUUGGAAAUGGAAGGGAAAGGAAUGAUUGUGUAUGACCGAGCAACUGGUAUUGCUAGCCAUUCAAUAUGGGUCAUAAAGCCGAUCGAUGACGGCCUUUGGGAGGCCGAUAAGAAAGAUGCUGAACAGAUGUCAAACAUAAGCGAAGAAGCAAGCGAUAAUAUUAUGUGGCAUCAAUAUCAACCUAUCCCAACAUCACCGUCCGCACAUAACUUGGAUGUGCCAGAUAUUCCAGAGUCACCAGAGGGGGUUGACUCGUACUAUGAGCAGCCAAGGAGCGAGUGUUCUGAGACAGAAACACAGGCAGAACCAGUUUUAUGCCAUAUUUGCGAACGACUUAUUCCGCCUAUAUUUUUUGAAAGACACUCUGCAGCCUGUGCCGACUUGAAUCGUGCGACAAUGGAUGUGGCAAUGUGCAAUGAUGGUAUCGGUGAAUUGAAGGGACAAAUUCGAUCGAUAAUUCAAGAGAACAUUGGUGUUUCAGAACAACAAUCGGCAACGCACAAUCAAGAUCAAAAACAGAUCGAGUAUGAUGCCUUAUCAUCGAUGAAUGAUAUUCUUAAUGUUGCGUUAGAAAUAUCCACUCCUGAAUCGAAAGACGAGUCCGAUGAUAAUAAACGACUGGCUUUGAUAUCACCUAGAUCUGAAUCUAACAUAGCUAGCAUAUUGAGUUGGAAACCACCUACUUUGAAUGCUGUAUCAAUGUCUGAACUAGCCAAUGACGUUGAGACAGUUAUACGAGGAAAAGUGGAGGCCGUGAACAAUCUUAAAUCUGCCAUAGAGAAAUUUGAAGAGAUUCGUAUGGACAUUGAAGACUAUACGAACAGCAAUUCACAAGACGAUGCCAUACAAUUUAAUUGCGAAGCUGAUGAUCCUGAUACAAGACUGCCGUCGAUUGAAAGUGAAGAGAAUGCCGAACCAUCUACACCUACAGUUGAUGUAUGUAACGCUGACAGUUCUUCGCAAGUAGACACAGGCACCGGUCAGGAUACUGGUGACUUCCAAACGGUUGGGCAGAAUGCGAGGAUAUCUAUUGACAUUGAGCAUACAAAUACUGCUGCAUCGAGCCCCCGAAUUGCGGAAUCUAAAGACUUGACAGACAUUAAUGACACCAGAUUGUCAGCUUCUCCGUCAACAUCAUCUCCAAGAAUGUCAUCAAAACCAUCUCAACCAAGUAUCAAAGAUUUCGAAAUUAUAAAACCAAUUAGUAAAGGUGCUUUCGGCUCGGUGUAUUUGUCAAAAAAGCGCACAACGGGGGAUUAUUAUGCGAUCAAAGUGUUGAAAAAAUCAGACAUGAUUGCAAAGAAUCAGGUCACUAAUGUAAAGGCCGAAAGAAUGAUUCUCAUGACGCAGACAGAUUCUCCGUUUGUCGUCAAAUUGUAUUUUUCAUUUCAAAGUAAGGAUUAUUUAUAUUUAGUAAUGGAAUAUCUUAAUGGAGGUGAUUGUGCCGCACUUGUAAAGGCUAUCGGAGGAUUACCGGAAGACUGGGCAAGAAAGUAUUUGGCCGAAGUAGUCUUGGGUUUAGAAUAUUUGCAUAAUAGAGGAAUCGUUCACAGAGAUCUCAAGCCAGAUAAUUUACUAAUUGAUCAAAACGGACAUUUGAAAUUGACCGACUUUGGACUAUCGCGAAUAGGUUUUCUUGGAAGACAGACGCGCAACGAGUCUGUGGCAAGUGAUGGCAAAGGCCAUAAGAAAUGGCCGUCUCGCAUGUCAUCUUUUGACGCUUCAUCAUCGUCCCCCACGACACCAGACUCUACGAAUUCGCAUCUUUUCCCUCAGUCAUAUUUUGGAUUGCUUCUAUCACAUAACAAGAGAAGUUCCGUAUGUAGUAGCGGUUCCGCCGAAACCAAUUUUAUCGGAACAACGAGUGCAGCCCAAAGUGCUCCAGAUACACCAAGCAGCCCUGCUGGGAGUACACCUCUAAAGUCGGGAUUUUUCGAUGAAUUACAGAAUUCUACGUCGAUAUCAGCAAAUUCGCUUUCUACAAGUACCUCGACAAACAACCAUGCAUUUAUUAACACUGAGAAACAAGAAUCGACCAAAAACUUUGUGGGGACACCUGAUUAUUUGGCACCAGAGAGUAUAUUGGGUAUGGAAAAAAAUGAUAUGGUUGACUGGUGGGCUUUAGGCGUAAUAUGUUAUGAAUUCCUCUACGGUAUACCACCAUUCCACGCAGAAACACCAGAGAAAGUGUUUGAAAAUAUACUUUCCAGAAACAUAGUGUGGUACGAUGACGUAGAAAUUUCUUGGCAAGCUCGAGAUUUCAUAGAGCGCCUUUUAUGUAUGAAUGUGGAAGACCGCCUAGGUGCUAAUGGUGCCAACGAAGUGAAAACCCAUCCAUUUUUCAACGGCAUAAACUGGGAGACUAUAUUAAAUGAGCCUGCUGAUUUCGUUCCGCAACCAAAGCAUAUGGAAGAUACAGAUUACUUUGACGGUCGGGGCGCACAGACAGCUCAAUUUAACGACGUUGAAGAGCUGGCGUCAGCCAAAGAGGCUGUCAAAACGGAGGGGAUUUGUAAUUCAAAUCAUAUUGGACUCGAAACCGGCGACUUGAGCGAAGGAAAAAUCAAAGAUCAGGAGAACGUAGAUGAUUUUGGGACAUUUGUUUAUAAAAAUCUACCCGUAUUGGAAAAAGCUAACCUUGACAUCAUUCGAAGGUUGCGUUCUGAUUUCGGUGACAAUGGUAGCGGUAAAAUCCGCCAGAUGUUGAUACAGGCCAGGCCGCAACGCCCUCGAAUGGGAUCCAUGUCAGAAAUACGUCCCUGUAAUGGUUCGCCCACUCUCUCCACUAGCUCGAUAUCAAGUGGAUCUCAAAUCGGUCCAUCGUCACCAUUGUCGCCGGUAUCACCAGGGGAAAAUUCCGAUUCACGAUUCGGCGAUAGUCAGACUCCGCUAAGCUAUGUUAGACAUGUAGUCAAAGAAAAGCAUCGUCGCAAUUCGCUCCCAACACGACUAAGAAUCCCCGCAUUGAGCAAUGUAGACCGAUCCGCAGCUUUACCAGAUACUUCACGUCUAAAUAGAACUCGACACGAGUCGAUAAGCCGUGCGCCUUCCAUCACCAGAGAUAGUAAUCUGAGAUCGAACAAUGUUACCCAAUCUAUAUCCCGGAACGUGCGAUUAUCCAGACGUUCGCUGGAUUGUUUGGUAGCCGAAGACAAUCCCAUAAGUGCCAAGAUAAUGGAAACGAUUCUAUCUAAACUGAACUGUCGUUGUGUUGUUGUCAGAAAUGGGGCAGAGGCUGUUAGAUGCGCUCUGGCAGAUGUUAAAUUUGACAUUAUUUUCAUGGACAUUCGCAUGCCUAUUAUCGAUGGCGAAUUAGCCACGCGUAUGAUUAAAUCUACAAAAAACAUUAACAUGACCACACCAAUCGUUGCUGUUACCGCAUAUGAGCAUAAUGCUGGAAUAUCAAGGACUUUCGACGAUGUUAUUAGUAAGCCAGUUGAAAAGAACAAAAUUUUAUCUGAACUUGAACAUUUUUGCUACUACAACUCGGGCGGAUGA